AAUUCCAAACACGAAACAAUGAAAACUGCUGUCAGUUGAUUUUCGGACCACCUUACAAAGUCGUAGUGACAAUAUUUUUCGGUUUUACAAUGCCAAAUCCGGUGUAAAAAUUGUGUAUGUGGUGUGUAAUAGACAGUGCGCUAGUGAGAUGAUCCGGUGGAGGUACUGCCUGGUUCUGGCAAUGCUGCUGCUUCUGCCGACGAGGACUGGCUCCAAGCUGGACGACGAUGAGGAGGAGGAUCGAGGUGAAGACGGCGACGAAGACGACGAUGACGAUGAAGAUGAUGACGACGAUGACUCCACAGAGAAAGUAGAGCACGUGGCAGGUCGGAGGGCUCCAGCAGUGAUGCCUUCGCCUAAAGCCCUCAUGGUCACCAGAACGGUCAAGAAACGGUCGCUGGAGUGCUACGUCUGUGCUUUCAAGGCAGAGACUCAGUUGAGGGCGUGCCUCGAUCCUACUAAGUACAGGGUGCACACAAUAACAUGUCACAGCGCCGAAGACAAAUGCUUCACAUCGGUCAUCUCAAAAGGAAGCACCUACGAGGCGGUGGUCCGAGGCUGUCGCUCCGGCUGCGUCGGGUCGCCCGAGACUACUUGCUGUGAAUUAAACCGCUGCAACAACCAAGCGUUCGUAAUGCCAGUGGUGCCCGCCCCCCGCGCGCUGACCAGCAAGUCGACCAAGGUGCAGCCCACAGUCCUCUUCUUCAUCACCAUACUCCUGGUACUGCAGACGGUCGUCAAGGUCGCUUUCGUAUAGCACCUCUUCAGAGCCUGUGCCAUGAGGUUGGAUACUUUAUCAGCUUUAGUCUUUACUUCAUAAAGUAACCAACCAACUCUACUACACUUUGACUGUGCCAGUUUUUAUAGCACUUUUUCGCUAAUAAACUCUUAGUUUCAGCUCUUUUUCAAGAAAAAAAAGAGUCCACUAUGCUAACGCUUCAAAUUCCAGUUCGUUCUUCAGUUUUAGAAACUAUCGAACGCUAUAUUUACAGUAUUUUAGUUUGUUAUGCUACAAUAUCUUUGAAGAAUUGGCAUAGCAUCACGUAGUUUUCUGGUGCUGACUAAUAAUCAUACAAAAAUAAACAAUUAUGGCAGUUUACAUUUUAGAUACCUAGUUUUUAAUACAAUUUGGAUCCAAUUUCAUGGUAAAGGUUCUGCAAAUCGGAUAAGAAACAAACAUUUUAGAAUGAUUAGUUUACAAGGAUGAUUAUUAUCGUGAAGUCCGGCUAAUAUUGUUUUGUGCUGUAUUGUCUAAG